AUGCGCAUACGUACGCUAUAUAGCGUACGUUCCUCCUCAGAGAAACAGGCUGGAGAACCGGCGGAGAAAACGACAUGUCGGCGAACUCUCGGACAACCGGCGGACAAAAGUUUCGACGAAAUAGUGUUGGUCAGACAUUCCGGCGGUUGUCCGAAAGUUCGCCGACAGGUCGUUUUCUCCGCCGGUUCUCCAGCCCAUUUCUCUGAGCUCGUGGUUUCAAGAUUUUGUCGAAAAUUAUAUUCACGUUUUUUCUUGAAUCGUUAUUUUUUCGACGUUUUCGCAUUAUUUUUAAAUUUAAAAAUCAACCUAAUUGCAGAUUUCAAGCAGAAAAAUGUCAGAUUUUGAAAUCGCAUUCAAUCACUUCUCGAAAUACCCAACCUUGGAAGUUUUUCUUGGUUUUGUUACCCAAGUCGAGAUGAUGGCAUUGCGAUUGCCAGCCAAUGAAUUGAAAUCGGAUGUCAUCGAGGCUAUGACAAAAAUUCGCAGUGACAAAAUAUUCGACCGAAUUCGAGUCAAUGAAGCCAUUUUGAGACUGUAUAAUGUGCUGGGAAACGUGAGUCAACGACUUCGAAUAACUGGAAUAUAUGAGCAAAUCGACAAAGAAGGACAUUUUGAGACUUCGCUCAAAUUUCAUUUACAAUGGGCGGAAGGAUACGGAAAAGACAACAAAUUGGAGAAAUUCAAAUAUGUAUUGGAUCUUGCUCGGGAAAGGCUGAAGACAAAAAUGACGAAAAAAAAAAUCGAAGCGGGAUUUCGAGAUUUGGUUGAUUCUUAUUUCAAAGAUGAAGCCGAUUAUCUCUUUCUUGAUCCUGAUGACACAAUGAUAUUGUUCAAUCCACGUCAUUUUGGAAGAGCAAACAAUCGGAGAAGAUCGUCAAUCAACAUUUUAAGAAAAUCGUGUCCAAUUGUUGAUCCAGCCAAAAAGGACUUUUUCGGGCCAAAAAGUAUGUUUCUAUUUAUUAAUUCGAAAAUUUUCGGUUAAAAAACUAUUUUUUUUUAGCUAAAAGCUUGCUACGAACUGAAUUUUUGGACAAUGAAACAAAAUUCGGAACAUCUCCUGAGGAAUUCAGAGUGGCAAUGCUCACCGAUUUGGCUGGAGAUUGUAUGGAUAUCGAAGAGCAAGAUGACUCGGUUGUUAUUAUUGAAAAUGGAGUUUCAAGUGUGAAAAACGAGAAGCGACGACGAGAACUUUCGACUAUUGAUGAAGAAUCAAAAACAUCUGAUAUAUCGGAUUCUGAGAAAAAAUCACUGAUUUUCUCGCCAGAUGAUGAUUGUAUUCCACUUCGAAACGUCAACGAAAAUCCGCCAGCGACUGUCACAAUUUUCGAAGAAAUAUCUAUUGAUGAAAUCGAGCAAGAUAAUGAUAGAUUGGAGCGUGGAAGAGAAGGACGAAGAAGUUGUGAUUCAGGUCGGUUUUUAGAUAUAAUUUUUAUAAUAACAAUGUUUUUCCAGUAACAUCGACACAACUGCGAAGAUCGAAUAUUGGGCUCAAUAAUCUGGUCGAAAACAAUCAUGCCGGAUUUUCGGACACAAUAGUUAUUGAAGAUACAAUGAUUGAAGAAAUGGAAAGUUUGGAUUCAACUCAGAAUAUCACCACCGAUUGUUCAGUAUUUUCUGAACCUUUUUCCGUUGUUAAUUCAACCGCUGAGAGUUCCGAAUCACUCGAACAACGAGAACAAGUUUCUGAAGCUAUGGAUGAUUUCGCACCAGUUCAAAAUGUCACCUCCGAUUUUUAUCUCGAACCUAAUUUCGUUUAUUCAAUUGCUGAGAAAUCUGAAGCUCGUGAAUCUUUCAUUUCUAAUCAACAAUCAAUUGCAUCAUCUUCGAAACAACGAGGAGAAGUUUUUGAACCGGAAGAAGAAUCUGAAAAUAUGGAGAGUUUAGCAUCAACUCAAAAUGUCACCGCCGAUUGUUCAGUGUAUUGUUACCCUGAUUCUACUUUUGUUGUUCAUACAAAUUCUGGGAAUUCGGAAGUUUGUACAUCUGAUGAGCAACCAGAAAAAGUUACUGAAGAUAUGGAAAGUUUGGUAUCAACUCAAAAUGCCACCGCCGAUUCUAAAGUAUUUCGCUAUCCUCAACAUACUUUCAUUGUUCAUACAAAUUCUGGGAAUUCCAAAUCACUCGAACAACAAGACGUUGUGAAAUCGAACGGAUCUGUUGAAGAAUUUGAUGAUAGCAAUUCUCCUUCGCCCAAAAAAUCAACAAAACAAUGUAAGUCAAGUUUAAUUUCUAUUAUUUUUCUAAUAAUUAAAAUCAUUUAGGUUGGGAUGAUUCAAUGGAUUGCGCUAUCAGAUCUUCGAGCGUCAUUACUUCAACUCCAGCAAGCCAUGUUCCAUUUGUCAAUGUUGAGGAAUUUUUUGGAAAUGGGCCAAAAUGGACAAAACAGCAAGAAACCUCGAUUUUCGCAUUUCCGGAUGAAAAUGAGACCCUUGAAAGUCAUUCGAGUGUUUCUCCAACUUUCUGUCAAGAACCAGUUGCAAUUGAGGGAACACAGAUUGAAGAAAAAAUAAACGUGAAGCCAGAUGACUCACUUUCUGCUCAACUUGAAAGAUUGUCGCUUGGACCAGAAGAAAAAUCGAAUGAAAUCGGUGAAUCGACACCGCUUCUUGAAGUUGAAGAAACCGGUCGAAAAGAUCGACGAAGAAGUGAAGUAAUUCGCCGAGAAAAUAAUCCAUGGGAUGAAAAUUUACGAUCUCGAAUCAUGAAACUUGUGCCAACUCCAACAGAUCAGCACGAGUUUGAAAUUACUUGCCCAAGAAUUGUUGCGAUGGGAUCAUUUGAAGCCGGUGGAGAAACGUAUCAAAUUCAAACACUUCUUGGACAAGGCGGAUAUGCAAAAGUUUAUAAAGCGAUGUCCGAAGAGAAGAAAUUGGUGGCGGUGAAGGUAAUUUAAUAAUAUCCCUUAAAAAUUCAAUUAUUUUUUUAUUUCAGUAUGAGAGACCUUCAUGUCAUUGGGAAGUGUAUGUUUGCGAUCAACUGCGCUUCAGAUUAUUGCAAAAAACUUAUGAAAGAUGUAAAAUAAUUGCAAAUCAAUGCAUUAUGCAAAUCACCGACGCGUAUAUUUUCUCAAAUGCUUCGCUCCUCAUCAACGAUUAUCAUGAAUUCGGAAGCCUUCUCGACAAUAUCAACAAUUUGGAGGAUCGAAACUGGCACAUCUCCUGCUUUUUGCUUGUUCAAAUCGCCAAAAUAAUCGAAAAAGUUCACGAAUGCGGAAUUAUUCAUGGCGACCUCAAACCGGAUAAUUUUAUGGUGACACGGAAAAUCGAUAUGAGUUGGGAGGCGGAAAAACUGCUGGGAGAUGAUGUGUUUGUUGUGAAGUUGAUUGAUUGGGGAACCGCAAUUGAUAUGUCGAGAUUGGAAGGAAGAGAAUUCAAAGGACAAGCUGGAACCGAAGGAUUUGAUUGUCCGGAAAUGAUUGUAUGUUGUUUUUUACUAGAUUUCCGUCCUUUUCCAGUACAUUUUGUUAUUGAUGAAAAAUUAGGACAGCCGAUAUUUUGUAUUAUUUUUCAAAAUGAAUGCGGAUUUUAUAGGAUGGUCGUGGAUGGACUUAUCAGCCCGAUUUCUUUGGAUAUGCUGCAACAAUGGCAGUUCUGAUAUCUGGUAAAUAUGGAAAAGUAAUUCGCUCCGAAUGUGGAAAAUAUUCAAUGGAUGUCGAAAUCAAACGACGGGACAAAUUGCGUGAACCAGCCAUGGAAAUCAUCCACCAAUAUUUGAACAUUCCAUCAUGCUCAAAACUCCCAAAAUGGUCGAAGGCUAUUGAAAUGUUUGCCGAUAUUUGGAAGAAGAAUUUCGAUAUUUCGGAGUGGAGACAUGCCGCCACGAUAUUCAAUGAGACUUGCGAAAAAUCCAAAAAGUAA